GCUUCACAGCGGUAGACGGAGGCGCAUGCCCAGAGUGGCGGUUUGGCCUGCUUGUAUAACACCCACGUUUUCUGUUGCAUACGAUACGAUAGCUCGUAGUGGAGAGGAAAAAAAAGAGAGGAGAAGAGAAUGAGGGAUAUGGCUCCCGCAACGCCGGAAUAAUUCUGGGAGAGUUAGCCGAGAAGGGGUGAGGUGCGUUCGAGCGAGCUCGGAGUUGCUGUCAGCCAUUGUAACGAGGGCAUCGGUCAGCGAUGGAAUUGAAAUGCAUUCUAUGCGCCUUAGCGUUCUUGAUUUUAGGAAUUGCUGGAGCUGUGAGCGGAGCCGAGGAUGCGUGCAAGACAUACGAAGCCAUCAACGUCAACAACUGUCUCUUCAGUUUCGUCGUGGCACACCAACAUCACCGGUCUGAACUGGUUUCUUCGAAAACAUGCAGAGUAGAUUUGCUUAACUGUUCGACUCUAGGCGAAACCAACACAUGCAUCAACAACCAGCAUCUAUCUGACAGGUGCAUUGAUUCUCUUGAAGAAAUAAUAAAUGGAUACAUAGCUAACCUACAGAUCAACUGCACUGCACGUCAUUUCAACAUGCACUGUCCGGCAGCAACCAAAGUCUCCAAAGAAAUCAGUUCAGCUGUUAGCCGGCGACAGGAGCAAUCCUGUGUUUCCGCCGAGGUUCAGAAUAUCAACAAGUGUCUUCUGGAGUUCGCCAUGGCACAUGGCAGCAAGAAACCUGAACUAGAUGCAUCCAGGACGUGCAGACUGGAUUUGCUGAACUGCACGGUAUUCAGCGAGACCAACACAUGUAUCAACAAUUACCAUUUAUCUGCCAAGUGCAUUGAUUCCCUUGAUGACAGGAUAAAUCAUUACAUAGGUGAUCUUAAUAUCAAGUGCACCGUGUCACAGUUUAAAACGCACUGUCCCCGUGCAACCAAGGUGUCCAAGGAAGCCAGUUCAUCGGCAACGGCAUCGGACCCAACGUCAUCAACGAGCUUUAACGUGGCAUCGUUCGCCGGCCUGGCGUGUUCAAUUAUGCUGUCAUUGCUGGUAUGAAACAACACGAGUUACUUCCCUUAUCCCCUGUUCAAUGACGUCAGUAUUCUGGGCGAUACUGUCUCCAUCAUGAGUAUUUGGCCCUUAAGUAUUUCAUCUUAGCAACUAAGCUUUAACAUUGCACCUUAGCAUUUAUCGUUUCAGUAAUGACAUGUGAUCAAUUUGAGAACAUCCUGAACACUGGCGCAGAGCCUUCAAUGAUUCUAUGAGGUAAUACACAAUAACAAAAAAAUGAUGCUUUGUAAAGGAUAAUGAUGAAUUGUUCAUGGUAAUGUACAUGUAGGAUAUACACCUACAAAGCUAAUGUAUGAUCCCAUCUGAUGUCCAGUUUCUCGCGGCAAAGGUGUUAAUUGAUUUUAUAAGUCAGUUUGCACCUUUGCCUUGGGAAGAUGCCUGAUGUCUAAAUUUCAGUCACCAGUAUCAUUUGAUACGGCUUAAACCAUCACAUAGUUUAGGUUUUAGGCCAAGUAUCAUGUUCGAGUCUCUAGUAAUGUUUGGUCGGGUUUUAAAAAAAUACUAUUAUUGGUAUAAGUAUGUUCAGCGUCAUUAUUGAAGGCUCACCUAAGUAUGUAGGCAUCAAACAUGAACAACGCAGCUGAAUAAGAUGUUGUUUAUGCCUGUCACACUGAUUGGAUGAUUAUAUGAAACUGGAAACAUGGACAACGACUAUUAAGAAAAUGAAUAGUGCAAGAUUGGAGGUGAUGAAAAACAUUCCAAAAACACACGACAGAACGCAACCAGUCGUUCAGCUCCAUGCUCGUUAAAUACAUGACAAGUAACAGUCAAUUCUCUCUCUCUCUCUCUCUCUCUCUCUCUCUCUCUCUCUCUCUCUCUCUCUACCUCUCUCUCUCUCUACCUCUCACUCUCUCACUUUCUCUCUCUCUCACUUUCUCUCUCUCUCACUUUCUCUCUCUCUCUCACUUUCUCUCUCUCUCUCUCUCUCUCACUUUCUCUCUCUCUCACUUUCUCUGUCUCUCUCUCUCUCUCUCUCUCUCUCUCUCAAUAUCUGCGUGACUCCUCAAUAAUGAAGCUGAGUAUUUAUACUAGUAUUGUUAAUUUACUGAAUUUGCUGAAUUUUGGUUGAACGCAUUGACAUUGCAAGCACUAUCAAGAUGAAGUUAGUGUAUGAAAAUGAGCAACAGUUGGGUUUGUUAUAACGGUCAUGUGUCUGGAUUCAUCGCUUCACAUAAAUACAUGUUAUCAAGGGCAGACAACCGUGUCUGGCUAUUAGCGACCGGUGAGUGUUUUACCGUUAAGUUGAAGGUAAUAUAUCUGGAGUAGCUGCUACAACACAACCACUUUUCUAAAGCGGAAUUGACAAGAAUUCCUUUGAUGUUGACCAAAAAAUGUUUUAAACAACAUACUCCUAAACUCAACCUAUAAACCGAGACCAUUUGCCUCGGACAUGUGCAUACGUUGUUUUUUAUGUUAACUUAUUACCAUUAGACAUUCUUUACUUGCUUCAAACGCUUUAAUUUUAUGUAUUCUCCUUCUUCAUUCGCCAAAGGUUGCAUGUCUUUGUCCCCAUGUUCCAAGGUGAUCCGUGUUUAAAUCAAGUCCUCGUGUGUCCACUUACAGAUGGCAGACAAAAUACUGCCUCAAUUCCAUACAUUUAGCCUAACAAAUACUACUCAAAACAAGUUAAAGAACACCCGGAAUGGGAAGGCCGCGUGUUGUAGCACCCACUAGCCAUGAUAGGUUAACGAUAGUCGGGUGUUCUUUAUCUUCUUUUGAGUAGCAUACAGAGUUUUAUUUGGUGUCUUGUGUUGUUAACAAUAUGUUGGUUGGUUUUGAGUUUAUUCUUACCUUUGUUCUAUUCACAGGAUAACAUAUUAUAUCGCUAGCUAUUUGAAGCUCUGGAAAUGAAACAUUGAUCUCGUUAUCAGUACAUGGCAGACAUUUUAAGUGUGACUUUUGAAUAUUUCACUGCCACAAGGUCAUGAAAAGUUCAAAAUUUCAUCCAUUGCGGGGUGGGGGUGGGGUGGGGUGGGGUUGGUGGGGGUCAUUACAAUUAUUCUGUGUAACUUCUCUUCCGAACCGAUACCGAUAAAUGAUUAUUGGUUUUUGUCUGGUAAAAAAUCGCCGUAUAUAUUUUCCUUAAACAGCAGGAUUAUCCUGACUGUAACGAAAGAAUAUUUUGGCCUUGCCUAAUUUCUCAAUGGUACCUCAAGCGAAUGUUUCACUUGUGAGAAAACAAGGAAUAAAAAGGCCAGUGAAAAUUCAUUGAACGUGUACUCCAGAGAUUAACCAGUCUCGGUUUUCUGCCGAAACAGAUUCCAUUCGGCGCUAAAGCGAUAAAAAUUAUAUAUAUGGACCCUUGAAAAUAAGUGAUGAUACCAGGUGUUCGCGAUAAGGGUAAGCAUGCCCUGCUGUUCUUAUAAGAAUUUUUGUUUAGGUCAUUAUCGCAAGUGGUAUGAUUUACUUUCUAUUAAUUAUUUCUAUCAAUGAGCAGAUACAGUGUCAAAAUAGCGGUGAAAUAUAUGGGAGUGGAUCACUCUAAAUCAGUGAUGACACCAGGUUUCCGCGAAAACUUAAGAACAACACAUCGUUGAAACAAUAGUUCGAUGUUGACAAAUGCUCAGAUGUAUGUAUUAGGCGCGCAAAAGAAUAUACUACUCAAGAGCUUCCUGGUGCGAAUAUUUGCACACGAACAAUGUUUUGUCUGGGUUUAAGCGCUGUAUACGUACGGUGUGAGUUUUCUCCAGAUAACAGCUAGGAUGCUGUGUUUAUGAGGUUUAUGAGGUUUAUGAGUAGUUUUGAUGCUUUUGGUGUUUGCUUUUUACGUUUAAGAUGUCAAUCCAUGAUACUAUAAUGUACAAAUGGUAGGUGAAUAGCGGUUGUGCUUUUGACAAAGGUCGGUGUCAAACAUUGAAACGAGAAGGCGUGUUUGUGUAACACGCCCAUGAAUACCGGUUGUUGAUGUGUUUUACCUGUCCUUAGUUAGUUAUGUAUAUACCGUAUUUCGUCUAAUAAACGUCGAGGAUUUAAAACUGGCGCCGAUACUCAGGCAACGUCUCUUCAGGGUGAUACAAAAAAAACAACAUUUGGACUUUCAGAAACCAUAUAAUGAAUAGCCCCUAACUUUCUGUGACGGAGUAAAAGCCGAAUCUCUACGCCGGGGAUUAUAAUGUCCGAAAAAUACAUGUCAGGUGCGUCUGUGAGAGGAAAUACGGUACUUUGUUUCCUAGGAUGAGCCUGUGUGAAUGUAAUGUCUUUCUUUGAUCCUGCCGACGGAAUAUUACGUAUUUGUUGUCGACCCUAGUGUAAUAACAGUACAUGGAGAUGUUACCUACGAAGAUGGAAACUGAAACUGACUUUUUAAGCUGAGCAUGUAAGAAUCUAUCGAAAGUUUUGGUUUGCUGGAAGGCCUCUGCAUGGGGUGUAAAAUGACGACGUGAUAGAUGUCACCUUCACUUUUUCAUUCAAGGUAUUAUUGGGACAAAAACAAUAAUUAUUAAAAUCGGUUAAGGGAUUCAAAAUAUCUUUAUGGAGGUCUGUGUUUCUGCCUGUGUCGAUACUUAAACGUCAAUGGCUGAACUCGGGACACGAUUUUUUAAUUAAAUUUUAUUUAAUCACAAACAUUUAGAUUGCUCAGAUGUGUCUUUAGAAGAUAUCUGAUUAAUUUUGUGUCAUUAGGUAAAGUAUUUCUACACAUUCCGUCGUGUAUGUAAGUUUUUGUGCCAUGUGAAAAGAUCACUGCAUAUUUAUAGUUAUAACCAGGCUUUUGUAUAUAUAUAUAUCUACCACUGACAAGAGCAAUAUUCUUAUUGGUUAGAAAAUUCUGGAUGUCUUUAGCUUUUAGGUAUUUGUGUAAGCCGAACGGGAAUAUAAUAUACCGGUAGAAACUGUCAUGCCUUUUUAGAUCUGUUCUUUAGAUCUGUUCUGUUCAUCGGGUCUUCAGCACUGGCCUGGACAACUAUUUUAGUGGGUCAUUUUUAUAAUGUUACCUUUAUAUUACCUGUAUUUUAACCAAGAUUCUGAUUAUGUUUUUUUUAAUUAAAAUACACAAGAACGAAAACACUUUUGUUUCGUGACAAAAAAUUCUGUGAAAGAAAAAGAUAAUAUUUGUUUCUAAUAAUUCAGCAAAAUCGUCAUUAAAAUAAUAUUUUUUUGAUUAACUAAUAUCCGAACGAGUUAUUUUAUGUGACUUGAAACAUCAGUUACUGGGCAACCAAGGGAGAUAAAGUCUCCAGAUACUUUCUGAUGCUUUUUUCUUUUUCCCCAAUGGUCUUACUGUUUUCAUACUUAGAAAUGUCGAAUGCUUGUCCAUUGUAAGAAUUAUGAAGCAUUAAAUGCUUAUUAUGUCUGUGUUAUUUGGACAGCAGGACUACCCCGAACAUAGCCUCGGUGGCUGAGUGGGUUAGAUCGCUGACUUUGUGUGCUGGCGAUUAGGUGCCUCACUCUGGCAGUGUGGGUUCGAAUCCCGGACGUGACUCAACCCCAAAAAGUACGAAAAUCUGUACUUUACUCAGAAAGUGUUAUCCCAACUAUAACAUGUGUUACCCGAAUAUUCAUGUAUACAAUCAUGCACAACAAUCCACCGGGGAUGUCCACUCAGCUAAUCCACUUUGUCUUUAUCUUCUAGUUAUGCACAACGUAUCUGUGGUGAAGGUGCUGUCUAAUGUCCGCUAUAUAUUGUAGCUAUGCUAUUAAAUGCUUUAACAUGUCACUGAGUAAAGAAACUAAUAUUUUUUAUAAAGCGAUUUCUCGAUUUGAAAAGUGUUUCUUAAAAAGAACACUUCUGUGUUUUAAUUUUGGCAUUUGUUUCAUAUUGUAUAAACAUUUUUUAAGAGCAUCAUUGUACGUUAACCAUGUGAUAACUAAUGAUUUCUAACAAAAUCUAUUUUGUGCUGAUGUUUGCAUUGUUUCAUAGCUCUGCGCAUCACAAUAAAAUGUGUACCUGUA